GUCCUGCAUCCACUCCCACCCGGAGCCUCAUCGUCUUGGUCGCCCGUUGCUCCCUGCCAGCAGUCCCGUCGCCCGCUCUCAUAUCCCCUCAAGGCCUCUGUCUUCGACCCGCCACUAUGUUCGCCCAAGCUAGCGCCCGUCUGGCCCGCAGCCGCCCCUCGAUUCUCCGUGCUGCCAGCCUUGUCCCUCGCCGCAACCUGUCCAUCCACGAGCACCUGUCGAUGGGCCUUCUCUCGCAGUAUGGCAUCAAGACUCCCCGCGGAUCUGUUGCCACAAACCCCCAGCAGGCCGAGAACAUUGCCAAGGAGAUUGCUUCUGAGGACCUGGUCAUCAAGGCCCAGGUUCUUGCUGGCGGCCGUGGCAAGGGUACCUUCGACUCUGGUCUCAAGGGUGGUGUCCGUGUCGUCUACUCCCCUGCCGAGGUCAAGACCUACGCCGAGAAGAUGCUUGGCCACAAGCUGAUCACCAAGCAGACCGGUGCUGCCGGCCGCAUCUGCAACGCCGUCUACGUUGUCGAGAGAAUGUACGUCCGUCGCGAGUACUACCUCGCCAUCAUCAUGGAUCGCGCCACCCAGGGCCCUGUCAUCGUCGCCUCCUCGCAGGGUGGCAUGGACAUUGAGACUGUCGCCCACGAGACCCCCGAGGCCAUCAUCACCCACUCUGUCGACAUCAACAAGGGUCUCCAGCGCGAGGAUGCUGUCUCUGUUGCCCAGAAGAUCGGCUUCCAGGGCAAGUCCAUCGACCAGGCUGCUGAUACCAUCGAGCGCCUCUACAAGCUCUUCCUUGAGAAGGACGCCACCAUGAUCGAGAUCAACCCCCUGGCUGAGGUUGCUGGCGGUGAUGUCUACUGCAUGGAUGCCAAGUUUGGCUUCGACGACAACGCCGAGUUCCGCCAAAAGUCCGUCUUUGACCUCCGCGACACCACCCAGGAGGAUUCUCGUGAGGUCGCUGCUUCCAAGUGGAACCUCAACUACAUUGGCCUUGAGGGCAACAUCGGCUGCCUCGUCAACGGCGCUGGUCUUGCCAUGGCCACCAUGGACAUCAUCAAGCUCCAUGGCGGUGAGCCUGCCAACUUCCUCGAUGUUGGUGGUGGCGCUUCCGCCGAGCAGGUCGCUGAGGCCUUCAAGAUCAUCAGCAGCGAUCCCCAUGUCUCGGCCAUCCUGGUGAACAUUUUCGGCGGUAUCAUGCGCUGCGAUGUCAUCGCCCAGGGCAUCAUCCAGGCUGUUCAGCAGCUCGGCCUGGAGAUCCCCCUCGUUGUCCGUCUCCAGGGUACCGAGGUCGAGGCUGCCAAGAAGAUGAUCAAGGAGAGUGGCCUGAAGAUGUUCUCGAUCGACGACCUCGAUGCCGCCGCCAACAAGGCCGUCAAGCUCAGCAACAUCAUCCGCUUGGCCCGUGAGGCCAAGGUCGGUGUCACGUUUGAACUGUAAAUCUCCACUUUCCCGCACCCGUCCUCGAUCCUCUCUCCCAAGCCCCCUUCACCUUCUCCCACUCUGUCGUGAAUAUCUUGUAGCCUUGGUCAGCUCUCUCCCUCUUUCCCUCCUGCUCUCUCUCUCUCCUUUUCCAUCCGUUUCGGACGCUUCCCACGGGACUUGUCAACGGCGUGUCGCUGCGACCAGAGACACAUCCCGCCCCGGACCUCUGGAAAGCAUGCUGUUGGAGAUCGGCCAUGACAGUACAUACAUACAUACUUUUUUUUUUCUUCUGA